AUGUCAAAGAACUACACAGUGGUGACUGAGUUUAUUCUCCUGGGUCUGACAGACAGAGCAGAGCUGCAGCCUGUCCUUUUUGUGGUGUUCCUGAUCAUCUACCUGAUCACAGUGACUGGCAAUGUGAGCAUGAUCUUGUUAAUCAGGACUGACUCAAGACUUCACACUCCAAUGUACUUCUUCCUCAGUCACCUCUCCUUUGUCGACCUCUGUUAUGCCACCGAUGUCACUCCUCAGAUGCUGGUUAAUUUCUUAUCCAAGAGAAAAACCAUUUCCGUCAUUGGUUGCUUUAUACAAUUCCACUUCUUCAUUGCCUUGGUGAUCACAGAUUAUUAUAUGCUCACAGUGAUGGCUUAUGACCGCUACAUGGCCAUUUGCAAACCCUUGUUAUAUGGUAGCAAAAUGUCCAGAGGUGUCUGCAUCUCUCUUGUUGUGAUUCCUUAUACUUAUGGCUUUGCAAAUGGUCUGGUCCAGACAAUCCUGAUGCUUCGUCUCUCCUUCUGUGGACCCAAUGAAAUCAACCACUUUUACUGUGCGGACCCACCUCUGUUAGUCCUUGCCUGCUCAGAUACUUAUGUCAAAGAAACUGCCAUGUUUGUGGUGGCUGGUGCCAACCUCACCUGCUCUCUCACCAUGAUUUUUAUAUCUUACAUUUUCAUUUUCGCAGCCAUUUUGCGUAUUCGCUCUGCUGAGGGGAGGCGCAAAGCCUUCUCUACCUGUGGGUCCCAUCUGACAGCUGUCACUAUCUUUUAUGGGACGCUGUUUUGUAUGUAUCUGACCCCUUCGGAGACAUCUGUAGAACAGGGGAAAAUUGCAGCUGUGUUUUAUAUCUUUGUGAGUCCUAUGUUAAAUCCUCUGAUCUAUAGUCUGAGGAACAAAGAUGUUAAAAAAGCAUUCAGGAAAGCUAUCCAAAAGAAAUUGUUUGCUAAAUAA